AUGUCUGAGGUCCGCCUCUCGCUCGGCCUCGACGACUUCAUCUCCCCAUCGGCCGCCUGCGUCAAGCCGGUCAAGCUCCAGAAGAAGCCCGUCACUGGCCGCAGCCGCGCGGUGCUGCAGCUCGAGGGCGUUGCGGGUCGGCCGGAGGCUGAGGGCGGCGGCGUGGCCAAGAUCACGCUCAACGACUGCCUCGCCUGCUCCGGCUGCAUCACGUCUGCCGAGUCGGUCCUCGUCGCCCAGCACAACUCGGACGAGCUCAUUCGCCGGCUGCGUGGCGCUGGGUCCGGUGCCGCCGGCGCGCCGCGGCUUGCGGUGGUCGUCAUCUCGGCGGCAGCGCGCGCGGCAGUCGCGGCCCACACCGGCGCGAGCGGUCGAGCCGCGACGGUGGAGGCGGCGCUGGUCGCGCCGGGCGAGGCGGCGUGGCGCCACCCGUGCGACAACCCGGCCGUCGGGAGCCUCUUUCGCGAGGGCGCCUUCUUGGACGGCGGUCCACUCGGGGACGCGGUGGCGAGCCAGCUGACCACCGAGUUCAACGCGCUGGCCGACAAGACGCCGACAGAGCAGAGCGCUUUGGGGAUACAGUGGUAG